UGCAGCGGGGGGAAGGAAUCAAACCCCCAAGAUGGCGGCGGCGUCGGAGGAGCGGAUGGCUGAGGAAGGAGGCGGUGGCCACGGCGACGGCGGCCCCUCUUCGGCCAUCGGCUCUACCCAGCGACUCCCCCCCCCGCCCCCGCCCCCGGCCCCGCAGCCGGGCUCCCAGGCGCCCCCAGCCCAGGCGCUGGCUCCCGACCAGCUGCCUCAAAACAACACGCUGGUGGCGCUGCCCAUCGUAGCCAUCGAGAACAUCCUCAGCUUUAUGUCCUACGACGAAAUUAGUCAGCUCCGCCUGGUUUGUAAAAGAAUGGACUUGGUCUGCCAGAGAAUGUUGAAUCAGGGAUUUCUAAAAGUCGAGAGAUACCACAAUCUAUGUCAGAAACAAGUUAAAGCACAACUUCCAAGGAGGGAGUCGGAAAGAAGAAACCACUCGUUAGCUCGUCACGCAGACAUCCUUGCUGCUGUGGAAACAAGGCUCUCACUGUUAAACAUGACUUUCAUGAAGUAUGUGGAUUCCAAUCUCUGUUGCUUCAUCCCAGGAAAGGUGAUUGAUGAGAUUUAUCGAGUGUUGAGAUACGUCAAUUCCACCAGAGCCCCUCAGCGAGCUCAUGAAGUACUUCAAGAGCUAAGGGAUAUCUCCUCCAUGGCGAUGGAGUACUUUGAUGAGAAGAUCGUGCCCAUUCUGAAGAGGAAGUUACCAGGAUCAGACGUGUCCGGAAGGCUCAUGGGCUCUCCUCCAGUUCCGGGACCUUCUGCAGCCCUCACAACCAUGCAGCUCUUCUCCAAGCAAAACCCUUCAAGACAAGAGGUUACCAAACUCCAGCAGCAGGUUAAGACAAACGGUGCCGGCGUGACUGUUCUCAGGCGUGAAAUUUCCGAGCUUCGCACCAAAGUGCAGGAGCAGCAGAAACAGCUUCAGGACCAGGACCAGAAGCUGCUAGAGCAGACCCAGAUCAUAGGCGAACAGAACGCACGCUUGGCGGAGCUGGAGCGCAAACUGCGGGAGGUCAUGGAGAGCGCGGUGGGGAACUCCUCAGGGGCUGGGCAGAACGAGGAGUCCCCUCGGAAACGGAAGAAGGCACCAGAAGCCAUAGACUCCCUUAGGAAAUCGAAGCGUCUUCGGAAUAGAAAGUAAAGUUGGGGGUGGGGGGCUUUCAAGCUCCAAAGGAAGACGCAGUUGAGCAGCCGAAGCAGUGACGCCCAUCAGGACACCCCAGAGGCUUCUGGGCUUUUGGACAGAACACGACUUCAACUUGAACUCUCACGGUUGGGACAGUCUUCUCCCGCUUCUCCUGGUUGAACGAUGCACAGAGUCUUUUUACUUUGCAAUAGAUUUGUACUAACCAGACCUGUCCUAUCAUGUUUUGAGGAGUUAACUUUUUUCUGUGCAGAUAACGUUUAAAAGUAAGUUUAUUUGUUCCUGCAUAUAUGCACAUUACAGAAGGAUCUGAAACAAACCAGUCUGGACAGACUAGAAGUUAAGUUGAAUACAGAAAGUGUCCUGUUUCACUUGAAAGAAAAGACCUACUUUUUAAAUGGACAGUAUCUUGUUUAAAAAAAAAAAAAAAAAAAGUUGACUUUUUGUUAUAAGUGACCUUUGUCUGGAAUGUCUGAAAAGUAGUAAAUGCUUUUUGGUAUCGAAGUAAUGGGUAACUAAAACAGACUUCCAUAGUGUUGACUGUAAGAGGGGCCUCUACAGGAUUGACUAUAUAUUUUUAUAAACUACUGGCAAGGGACUUAUCCAGUUGUUCUACACAUGUUUUCAGUUCUCUUCUGGGGCCACGCCCGGCAUUUUGCAUGGGUGCAUGCACGCAUCGCCUAGUCAGCUCACGUAAAAAGCUCUUGGCACUGGCAUUGACCUUGAACUUCUCUACUUCUCCACCUUCUAGAGCAGCGUUAGCUUAUUUGAGCGCCUAACACCUUCCACUGCCACAGCAGCUUGCCUCCAGGGAGGAAUUAGUCCAUUUGUCCUCCAGUUUUAGGGGAACAAGGGAACAUUAAAGCCCUUCGCUUUCUCUGUUCUCUGUAGGGGUCAGGUACAGUAACCAAGGCAAGAACCCCAAACGCCAGGCUCUGUCAUUGUCGGACCUCUGGGGACUGGUCGUGGCCCUUCCUUACCACGUGUGUGUUCAUGGAUCAGCGUGUGAUCACCACGGGUGUGAGCAGGGGACCCAGCUUGUAGGAUGCAGUUCUGCCACUGAAAGAAAACUCACUGAAGAAAAUCCAACUAUGAAAAAGCAUUUCGAUCAUUUCAUUUCUGGGGGAUGACCUGAGGGAAGCUUUUAAGUACUAAUUUCAAGCUUUCCUUUUCCUACAACUUUAAACAAAAGCUUUAAUUUCGUUUGCACUCCUGUUCUGAGCGUAUAACUGGAAAAGCAUGUCUUGCACUGUUCACCCUUCUAAGCGGUCACUUUAACAACCUCCAAAUUGUGUACAGUGGUUACUUUCCCCAGUUGUAUAUUUUUGAGACCUUCAGCUCUUACUGUCCUCGUUUUAUUUUAUGUACUAAAUUAUGUAGUUAUUAUUUGACUGAUAAGUUCUUUUAUCAACUCGUAACAGCUGUUGCCGUAGGCUUCAGUUAUUUAAAAUAGGUUUAGGUGUAAUAUAGAAAAUUACCCCUGUCCAGGUGGGAGUUGGACACCUGCAAAAAACCUAAGGUUUGGUAAGUACCUUAGUUGAAUAAAAGCACAAGGUUACCACCCUUUCUGCCUGUCCACCAUGACACAGUUAUGCAUCCUUUAAUCUCACCAAACAAAGCUUUUUCUUACCCAUUUUUAAUAUUGUCCUUCCAUAAUACUGUCCUUAGGUUUUGAUCAAUUUUCUGUCUGACUUGGAAACUCCAUUUACAAUGUAGUAUGUUUUCAAUGAAGAAAAAAAAAAAAAACAUCUAACAUCCAAGUGUUUUCAUGGUUUGUUGGGAAGGUAAUUUUAAAAUAAACAAUUUCCAAAAAACA